CUAGUGAAUUAUAUAACCGGCAAUUUCAAGCAUUUUUCGCCCGCAAUUAUGCAAUAUUUACGUUUUUAGAGGUUUUAUUAUUCGAAGUAAAUGUGCUGUGUGAAUUAAUUGCACUUUAUGUUCACACAACAUUGUGUGUGUGGCAAAUCAAUUUUGCCGUUUUACGGGGAAUUUUUUCCUCUGGAACCAGUUGAAUAAUUAAAUGCCUGGCAGUGAAGUUAGAAAAGCGCGAAAUUCAAAUUCCAAUUCGCCGCACAAAAUAACCAACAAGUAAAACAAUUAUCCGGAAACUUCCGGAUCGAGUUAGGCGAGGCAUUUCCCAAGGCGCGUAUUCUUUCUUUCCGAAAAUAUUAUACAAGUUUUUAAUCAGAUUUUCAGCGGGAAUUUAUUUUUGAUGAGGAUUUUUGGAUUAUUUCGAUUUAAUCCGCAACUUAAUUAACGAACGAGCGAAACUUGUUUUACGAAUUUUCGGUCUCAUUUCUAUUCAUCCGCUGAUUACCGAGUCUCGAAUAAAAUUGUUUUUAAGUUAUUUAGGAACUUUUUAAUAACUCAGUUGGGUUUGGUAAUCGGAUCACUGUGGCGCUCUGGUUUAUUCCUGUUGGCUCCAUUAUUUUCUGGAAUUUUUGGUGGAAAGCACAGACACAAUGGAUCAAACUAAGAGAGCAAGGGUUCAGUGCGAGAAGUGUUGCAGACGUUUCCAAGAAAGCGCCCUUAAUGGAUUUGAAACGCUAAUGCGAGUGAAAAAAGCCAACUAAAAAGAGGGGCCACAAAGCCGUCUAAUUACCUCUAAAUAUUGCAUGGACAUCGUGAUUGCUGAGCCGCAAAACAAAAGGAAAUCACAGCCCCAUCAGGGCCGCCAUCCUUCUCGCUUAUGCGGCCAAACAAAUCUAUUAAACCCAUCUCGCUUUAAUCCGGUCGUAAAAAAAGUGUUUAGUGUUUAGCCAUAAACUGUAUCCGUAUCCCCCCACUAUUAAGACGGAUCCGGUUUACCGUCAAAGAAUUGCCAUUGUGGCUCUUUUUUCCCGACAUGGGGGGCCCCGUGUUUGGUGUCUUUGUCGUGGGGGCAGCCGAGGCUCCGCCCCACCCCCGGAUUCCCGGUUUCAGGACACGCAGGAUCGUCGGGAAGCUGCCCCGAUGGACCUCCCAUAGCAACGUGUUUCGCUUUUCGCGUCACAUCUCUGCAGUGUUCGAACCAUUUUGCCGACUUUGGCGGCAAAAGUCCUCUCGCAUCCCGGACGAAUCCGACGCGAAACUGUUUUUUUUUGGUGUGUUGCGACGAUUCUUCCCAAACCACGCCAAAGCGGGCGACAGUGUGAAGAACGCAGUCUUUUUUUUCGGGACAUCCUAGCUUCUGUUGCUGUUUCCCGGAGCAGUCUGGGGAUUUCCCCAAAGUCAGCAACACGAUUUUUGGCGACAGUCACAAACUUGCAGGUGGGGGUGGCAGAGGAAUGUUCUGCUACCAUUGCCCACCUGCCCUUCACCCUGGCGCCCCUCAACCCCGACUACCCACAUUGGAAUACCCAUUUACGCCGUCUCAUCCAUAUCGACGAUGGUCAAACGACAAGUUCCCCGGAAAUAGCUGGACUAGAUGAGGAAAUAGGACGGGAUCGGGAGUGCUCGAGCCGAAGCUCCAUUGACCAUGAGAGUGUGGAUCAUGGGCGCAGCGCCCCUGAAGCUGAUCGCUCCAAUCCAUCCUCGCCGCACAGCAAUCCCACCUCUCCCGCCACAUCGGAGCCUCCCAAGCAGCUGCACCAUCCCAACUUGUCGCACAUGUUUCCCUUUGGAGAUGGGUUUUCCGGGCUUGUGCUCCUGCUGCCCCAUGAAACCAUUGAGUUCCCAUCACUUGAUGUCGACCAGCGAUACGGGCAGCACGGUCUCCCAGACAUCCCCAGUGGGCAGCGACCAGCGCCAGUCCAGCGUGGCUGAGCUGCGCAGGAAAGCUCAGGAACACUCUGCAGCGCUGUUGCAAAGCUUGCAGCACGUGGCCAAUUUCCAGCAUGCUGCCGGUCUGAACUUCCCGCUGUUGCCGCCGCUCACUUUGCAAGCUUUGCAGCGCAAGCAUGAGAUGGGAAUGCAUGGCAGUCCUGAUCCCAUUUUGACCAAAGCCCCAUCACCUACCUAAGAAGCAAGACUGGUGUUUGUAAAAAAGUAGCGGAAUUCUAGUUGCCACUGUUUGUUGGAUGGAUUUUAUGGACUUGUACACGCCAACUAGACUCUAAGCGAUGUAAAUAGUGUAGACACUAGAUUAGACUAGUGAUUGAGUUUGAAUUAUUGUUACCGAGGAUAUUGUGAUGUGAUCAAAGUAUUAGUAAUUUAUUAAAUUAUGGGAAAGUAAUACAUACCGACUAUGCAAUAUUUUACAACUAGUAAGAGUGUUCAGUAAGAUAUUAUAUCAUUUCAAACCA